AUGGAGUUUUCUCGUUCAUUUGACAUGGUAUGGCUCAGUGAGUCUUUAACUAUGAAACGCGCGGCGAGUUCAGACGUCGGUACCGAUACUCCAGCACAACAACAUCAAAUUCCACAGCCAGCAUCUUCCCUAUCCAGUCUUAAAGCUCCAGUAUCUCCCCCUCUAAGAAAGCGCCAGAUUCGCCAUCAAGCCGUCGAAGCUUCUCAAAGACUAUCGGCGUCGCCCAACAAUGAGCACAACCUUGCUGCCAUCGAGGCAGGCGAGGUCAAAGUGGAUGACCAUCUUGGCAUCAUCUCUACAAAAUUGCAUCAAUUUCUUCGACCAUCGUCGAAGUCUCAACCAAUGCCUCGUCUUUCUAUCGCGGAAUGGGUCGAUCUAUACCAACGCAAUGAUCACCCGGAAGGCCGCCAUUUUGUGAUCCACCAGCACGACCACCCCGUCGCUGGUCCCCACUAUGAUCUGCGACUGCAGUUCUCAAAAACAAGCUCCGUGAGCUGGUCAAUCAUGUAUGGGCUACCGGGAGACCCUAACAGCCAGCGAUUGAACCGAAAUGCAACAGAGACUCGAAUUCACUGUUUGUGGAACCAUCUUAUUGAGACUGCAUCCGUCAAAACGGGAAGUAUGAUCAUCUGGGAUACGGGAGAGUACGAAGUACUGCCAUAUUACGCGGAUAAAUCCCUGCCUGAGACGGAUGAUUCGAGAUCAGAAGAUUCUGACCAUGCAAGGUCGCCGAAGGAUUGUGCUUCGGAUAGUGCCAAACUUCAAGAAGCAUUUCAGAAUCGCAAAAUCCGACUCAGACUUCACGGGACCCGCCUGCCGAAGGACUACACAAUCAUGUUGCGUAUGGAUAAAAGCACCGAUUACGCAAGGCCAAUCAGGAAUGGGCCGAAGCGUCGUAGAAAGCCUGUCAAUUCCAUGCGCACGGCACCAAGGGCACCGUCUACAUCCGAUUCUGACAUUGAGCCUUCCUCAGCGUCGGCGCAAGGUUCGGCUACAGAACCACCAGAACCCGAAAACGCAGAAACAACACAUUCCGACGAUGAUAUCGAUCUCCAAAUUCAGAAGAACAAUGCAUACCCCGGCUCAACAAACACGAUCGGCUCGAUUCAUCAACGUCGGUGGUAUCUCAGUUUGGACCGAGCCAAUUCUGGUUUCGAGCCAAGCAAUCUACCCAACGUGACUGGUGCAUCAUCGACAUCAAAGAAGAGGUUAUGGGUUCGAAGUCACAGCACUGAGAGUACGAUGCGCGGAUUCGACUCGUUUCAUGUGCGUGGUCCAGACGUUGAGAGGAGCAUCGUGACGGGUCGUUUGGGGAAGGAUGUGCUCGAUGAUGAGAAGGUGGACGGAUUCGUGCCUAGGCAAGGAUGGAGACCUGUUUUGAACUAA